AUGAAUGUACAUAAUUUCAUAUUCGUUAUAUUUGUAUUGACCACAAUGAUGGUGGCAACAAUUGUCCAUUGUCAAGGACGUAUUGGUGCAAUAAAACAAUUGUCCGAAAUAUCGAAAAAACAAAAAGAUCCAAUCAAUAAAUAUGGACCAUAUGUUAAACCAUUGAAACAAUUAUUGGGCAUCAGUAAAGGUAGUGGUGGUAUUUUUUCAGGUGGUUCAUCAUCACAUUCAUCAUCAAAUGAUUAUAAUCGUGGCACAUCAAUUGAUCGUAGUCGUGAUUAUAAUUCCGAUUCAUCGUCAUCAUAUAAUUCUGGCUACUCAUCUGGUAAUCGUAAUUCAUAUGAUCGUGAUCGUGAUUACAAUUCUGGUUCAUCGUCAUCCUAUAAUUCUGGCUACUCAUCUGGUAAUCGUAAUUCAUAUGAUCGUGAUCGUAAUUACAAUUCUGGUUCCUCAUCAUCUCGUGAUCGUAAUUCAUAUUCUGGAUCCUAUGAUAAUGAUCGUUAUUCACCAUCAUCAUCAUCAUAUAAUCGUGGCAAUUCUUAUAAUGAUUUCUAA